AGCUACUGGCGGGUAUGGGAGACGAACCCACAGAAAGUAACAGUAACGCUCGUCUACCUUUAGCUUAGAACGAGAGUCGCGCGCGAUCGCCAGACCAGUCGUACGUUCUUCGUCCUGGGGAACGGGUACUCGCGCAGUUUCGUUCUUGCAAGUGUCUCGCAUAUACGAUUACGUCGCCGAUCUCCGUCGGGCGUUCGUCCUUCAGUGUCAUCGUGCAGGUACAAGGUCGCGUGUGUGCGCCACGACUUUUCGUCCACCGCGGGAGUCGCCGUGCAUCGCAAGCGGAUGCACUUGACGCGCGAUGUGUGCGAGUUGAGGACAACUUCUGACCGAGAAGAUCGAGACUAAAGUCACUUAGGAGGAUUAGACCAAGCGAUGAACAUGGACUGGGAGUUGCGAGCGGCAUCGCUGAUUCUCUGUUUGGGAAUUCUGCUCGCGACGAUACAGAAUGGAAUUGCCGAACGGAGAAUAGUGUGUUAUUACACCAACUGGUCGGUUUACCGGCCCGGCACCGCGAAGUUCUCACCUCAAAACAUAAAUCCGUACCUAUGCACGCAUCUGAUCUACGCGUUCGGCGGCUUCACGAAAGACAAUGCGCUGAGACCGUUCGACAAGUAUCAGGACAUCGAGAAAGGCGGAUACGCGAAGUUCACGGGUCUGAAGACUUACAACAAGAAUCUGAAGACGAUGCUGGCGAUCGGCGGCUGGAACGAGGGCUCGAGCAGGUUUUCACCGAUGGUGGCGGAUCCCGCGAAACGGCGGGAGUUCGUCAAGAACACCGUCAAGUUUCUCAGACAGAAUCACUUCGACGGUCUUGAUCUCGACUGGGAGUAUCCGGCCUUCCGUGACGGCGGGAAGCCACGGGAUAAGGACAAUUACGCGAAUCUGGUGCAGGAACUUCGCGAGGAGUUCGAGCGGGAGUCGUCGAAAACCGGAAGACCGAGGUUGUUGCUGUCGAUGGCGAUGCCAGCCGGGGUCGAGUACAUCGACAAGGGUUACGACGUGCCCAGACUGAACGAGUACUUGGACUUCAUCAAUCUGCUCUCUUACGAUUAUCAUUCGGCGUACGAGCCCGUCGUCAAUCACCACUCGCCGUUGUAUCCUCUCGAGGAGGACAACGAGUACAAUUACGACGCGGAGUUAACUAUCGAUUACACGAUCAGUCAUCUGCUGGAGAAAGGAGCGUCCGCGGAUAAGAUCGUCCUUGGAAUACCGACGUACGGCCGUUCGUACACGCUGUUCAAUCAGGACGCGACCGAGCUCGGGUCGCCGGCGGACGGUCCGGGCGUCGAAGGGGACGCCACUCGAGAGAAAGGCUAUCUCGCUUAUUACGAGAUCUGCGAGAGCAUAGCGGGAUCCGACGAGUGGCAAGUCGUCCAGCCGAACGUCAAAGCGAUGGGACCGUUCGCUUUUAAGGGCGACCAGUGGGUUGGAUACGACGACGAGAACAUAGUCAAGCUGAAAGCUCGCUACGUGAACGAGAAGAAACUCGGAGGCAUCAUGUUCUGGUCUAUAGACAACGACGACUUCCGCGGCAAGUGCCACGGCCGACCCUAUCCACUGAUCGAGGCCGCGAAAGAAGCUUUGCUCACGGACAACAGCAAAAAUGCGAUCGACAAACCGAAGUCGAAAGAGGACAGUCGAAAGAAGACGCGCAUCCAAAGUGCUCAGAGCAACGCUUCGAAAUCGAAUCAUCGAAGAAGCAGCACCACGUCAGCUCCGAUCGUCACCAAACGCGCGUCCUCUUCGAGACCGAAGUAUCGUAAUAUUUCGAGACCGAAAGCGAGCGACGAGGAACGAGAGGAUGAGGAUCGAGAGACGUCGAAGAAAUCGUACGACUCGGACGAUGACAUAGAGGGUAGAAACACCGUCAGAGUCACGGAGAAAACCGAAAGACCGAAAGAUCGAAACAGAAGUUCGAAAACGCGAGGCGGCUCUGCCGAUCGUAGCUCUCGCAGAAAACAAUCCAGACUCAAAGGACAGACGAGAAAUGACGAGGAACAGGAGUCCUUGAGCAACAAAUUGACGACGCCCGAGCCACCGACGACUCCCGAUCCGGGAACCGACUUCAAGUGUGAGGACGAAGGUUUCUUCCCGCAUCCUCGAGAUUGCAAGAAAUACUUCUGGUGCCUCGACAGCGGUCCGAGUGGGCUCGGAGUGGUUGCGCAUCAGUUUACCUGCCCAUCGGGUCUUGUAUUUAACAAGGCAGCGGACUCUUGCGACUAUCCGCGCAACGUGAUUUGUCCGAAAGCGUCGAAGACGUCGAUUGUUUCCACCACAAAAUCGCCGAUCACUGCCGCGACCAGCCGAACGACUUACUUGCAUAGCACGACAACUGCGAAGACGGUGUCGGAAGAAUACGAUUCGGAAGAAGAUUACGAAGACGAGACCGAGGAGGAUGAAGAGGAGGAGGAAGUGAGAGAAGAACCCACGACAACGGCUAAGCCGCUUGUCUAUAAGACGCUCACCAGAAACAGACCCAGCACGACAACAGCCGCAACCACAAUCAAAACGUCGAAACCAAACGAACCAAACGAAAGAAUCAGCGACAGCGAAGACGAGGAGGAUCCAAAGGUGAUCAAAGAACUUAUCGAUCUUAUCAAGAAAGCAGGUGGAAUAGAACAGUUGGAGAAACAGCUGUUGUUCCAAGACAAGAGCGCCGACACCACGUCGGGUAGCGAAAACGUCACUCCGGCCACGAUCAGUCGUAGUCUGUACGAACGCGUGUUGAAUCGUCAGGCGAGCAAACUCGCCAGUCAGCGACCCGUAUUGUCAUCUUCCGAGACCAGUUACGUAAACGGACCGGGGAGAGCACAGUUCGAAGGCUUAGACGAAAUUCCGGAAGUAAUGAAUCUCAGACGUUCGCAGAAGCAUCAAUAUGUCACCAUCGAGAGAUCCAGAUCACCUGCGAAGGAUGAGGAAGAAGAGGAGGAGGAGGAGGAGGAGGAGGAAGAAGACAAUACUGACGUAGCUUCUUCGGAAGAAGAAAGUGUCAGUCACCCGGAAGAUGGCACGUCCACGCACCGAGCGACGCCAAGUUACGUCAAUAUUCGUCGAACACGACCUUCCACCACGACGUCUAGAACCGAAAACGACGUGGUAGAAAAGGAAGUGGAGGAGGAGAAAUUGACUCGCAGGCGACGACCAUUCAUUUCUUCAAAGCAACAAGAUAACGAGGCAAAUUCUGAAACGUCCAAAUCUUCUCGAAAUCGUGGUUUAAGGAUCUCGGAAAAAAGAGACAAUCCAGAAGACGUCGAUCAAGCGACGGAGAAGGACGACAGUUUGCAAACGACAAAAUCUAGGUAUAUCAGUAUACAAAGAUUCAGAAGCACCACUUCAAAGACUUCCGACGAAUCGUCUAGCGUGGUUCCUCAGACGGAGGUGAUCAGCGAAACCACUUCGCCAACGAGACUCGAAGAAUAUUCAGAAACAUCCAGUACAACCGCUAGUACUGCCACUUCGUCGUCUACUACCCCCGCAACGACCACUUCGACUUCCACCGAAGUGAUCACCGUGAUCAGCGUCGAACCGUCGCAAUACCCGUCCAGCGUCAAUCCUAAGGUCGCGAUUGGUUCCACCACAGACUCGGUGAAGCUGGUGGACGAUUCCGCGACGGAGAUACUGUUGACGACAGUGCCGGCGACAGUCACCAGCUCGAGUCCGUCAACAACGACGACGACGACGACGACAACGACGACAACAGCAGCAACAUCGACUUUGGGAAGUAGAUCGACGAUAGCUGUGGUGUCGCAGCCGCGACCCUUCGGUUUCACCCGAAGAAGAUCCGGAAGUUCAGAAACAACGACGACGAUCCCCCCGUCGAGCAGGUCCAAGGUCGCCGAAGCGAAAACUAUCAGACUGCCGACCCUGAAGGAGCUGAUCGGCUACUCGACGACUUACCACGACGAUCGUCGUAUCGUUACGACACCGUCGUCGUCGUCGUCGUCCGUUAUCUCGCACUUGCUGCGCGACCAAGUGGAUGACAAUGACAUUAGCCUGCAGAACGUCGAGGAGUCAGCGAAAGUCAGCGAAGAGAUUGCCGGCGACGUGUCGUGGCUGCGACAAGCCACGAAGAACAAAGCGAAAUCGCGCAUCCCGAAGAUGGCGGACGUUACCUUCGACAAAAAAGCUUUGGCCGCGAACGCUAUUCACGAAGACGAGAACAAGGAACGAAGAAAUUCCUCAACUUCCGUCUAUCUGAAACCGACCACGAUGCGCGGUAUUCCUCUCGCCGAUCUGACUCCCAGCCCGGUGAUACGUGGAUUCUACGUUACCAAGAACGAAGACGAUUCAACCAGAUCGACGGUUGACUUCGCGUUACAGUACAAUCCCGUUGUUGAAUCACAGACGGAAUCUACUCCGGUUACUGACAUUCCCACGACCAACGAGAUUGUCACUCGCGCUUACGAUCGAAACGAAGCGAAUACUUCGGACAACAGUGAAAGCGACACGACGAUCGACGAAGUUACGACUGUUGCUUACAAAAAUCGAAACGAAUACGAACUCGAUAUUUCUACCGGCAAUCCGGCAGUUAGCGACGAAGACAAUACCGCUCGCGAGGAGACACUUUUCGUUUCGAGUUCCUCGACCAUCGCUUCGGAAGAUUCCGGCAGCGUCGAAAAUGAUCUUCCCGAUCGCGAAGAACCCCGUACAACAGUUGCAACACCUGAUAGCAGAUCUGUGUCUAGACGAAGAAAACCGUCGCGCGAAUUGAAUUACAACGUCGAGACGCCUAACGUCGUUUCAACGAGAUCGUCGGCAAGACGAAAAAUCGACGUCGCCGUGAACAGAUUUAACGAGGCUACCCCCGCGAUAUGGACGGGCAAACGCAUAUUGAUCAGAAGGCGACACAGAACCACCGUCUCGCCGAUUAAGGACGCCAUAAGACGAACUGAGAGCGCGUUCGCUCACGGCGCAACGAGUAUCUUCGGAAGCGCAACCUCUACGACCCCUUCGACGUUAACUUCAAGUCGUGCAUCUCCCGCAAUCACCACGGGAGUUCCUCUGAAUACGCUCGAGGUUACUGUAUCUUCCGAAAGUUCGAGUAUUCGUGAAGAUCUAGCAAAUUUCUCUGAGAUCGAAGAUUCGAACAAUCGCGCGAUCGCAGAGACGGAUGUCACUUUGACCUCGUCAAAGAUCGUUUCGACGUGGGUGAAUCCCACAGCUGCUGUAAUUUCAACAAUCUCAGACGAUUCUACAACCACGUCCGCAGACACGUCCGAAGUUGCAACCGCAUCGCCGACUGUUGAGGUUGCAAAAGCUCCUUCACUUGAAAGUGACGUCACAACUACAGUUGCGACUACGAGUCCUAACGAUGAAACCACUUUUACUACAGCUUCAAUUUAUUCGUCUGAUAUUCCUGCAACUACGAGCACGCGCGAUCUUGCGACUGCGAAUAACGAGAUCGAAUCUAAUUCCACGAGUUAUUUAACAAACGAUUUCACAAAUCACGCUAUUGAAACCACCUCGUCGAUUGCAAAUUAUUUCGAAACUGCUACCCCGGUAAAUGCGAUCGCUACUGAUUCUUCAAUCACGACCACGAAUACUGAAGUUGAAACCGCUUUCACGAGCGCGAAUUAUCCAAGUGAUAACGAUGUGUUUGUAACGAGUGAAGUUGAAACUACUUUUAUCCCUGCAAUUACCGUCCCGGCAACUGCCGACGCAAUUACGAUUGAUUUUUCCACAUCCGAAACCGGAGCGGAAGAUGAAAAAACUACCAACGCGAUUGCGAAUUAUUCUACAGUUGCGACAAUUGCGACGGAUAUAAGCGAAACUGAUUCCGCCGUUGCGACUACGAACGAAGGAACCGAAGCUUCUGCCAAAACCGAAUUGAAUUAUUUCGAAUCUGUUACUUCUACGAAUGUACGCGCAACCACAGUUCCAGUCACCGCUACUUCGCCGUUAACAACGAUUCCUUCUGCCGCGUAUACACACGUGUAUCCAACCGCGUCCGUGACAAGUGACUUUACGGAUAGUCUAACUACAAAUAUGAUGACAACGGCUGAUACAAUUGUUCCAACCACCACGGACUCGAUUACAACACCCGCGAGUGUAGACGUUCCUUCCGCAACUACUUCGGCAAUUAUCGACACAACGACAGCUGCAACUCAGUUCAGACCUGAUUCCGUAACGUCGGCUAGACUUCCGAUAACGGACACACCUUCAACUAGUCCGAUUUCUACAACUGCAAAAGUCGAAUCGAGUAUUCUUGACGUUGGAAAUAAUUCCGAAACAUUAGCUGACACCGUAACUGAACAAUCCAACGCUCGAAACAAUCCAACGCUCGCUUCGAAGUUGUCUUCCAGCGCCAGUUCCGAAAUAUCGUUAGCGGGAACGACCGCAUUUUCGAGUCAAACUGACGACAAUUCCGUGACACCGGUGAUUACGCGAACUCCUUCAACUCUUCCUUCCCUUACAACACCGGUUACAACCACUGUAGCUACAGAAGAAUCUGGACCUACAGAUUUUCCGACUCCUGCGACUUCUUACGAGACGAUUCCGACUACAAUUCGAACAACCGAGAGCAUUUAUUUGUCGCGUUCUGCAAUACGUAAAGAAUCCACGAAAAUAAAUACCGAUUUUCCCCAAGAAAAAGAAGCUACUUCUAAUACCGAUGGUCAAAACGAAACGAACGAUCGAACAGCCACGAUUGUUCGCGAGUCGAAUUUCAGACAAACGACAAGCAAAGAUUCCGCGAUUCUGGAAGAGAAACUUUCCGAAGAAACUACGUCAGAAAGUACGCGAGAUCGGGAACAGAAUCAAACGACGUCGUUGCGAAACGGUCAAAAAACAUCCAGACGUCGCGUCAUAAACCGAACGAGUAACUGGAACGGUUGGUCGGUAUCACGGCAAACGAGCCAUCCUCGACGUGUUCCGCCGGUUCAUCGCGGAGGGGGCACACGGAGACCUUCUAGCUACAUUUCUUCCGCGAGAACGAGAGAGGAGCAUCUCAGAAGACGAAUCGCGCAGAAGAGAGCCAGAAUUAAUCCCGAAGCGCGCGGUAACACUGUCGGAUCUGACGAAAAUGUUGUCGACGUUCAAAAUGUCACCGAGACGACGAGUGUCACGUACGGUCAAAAUGGAAGGACGAAAGUUACGGUGAAGAGAGUCAGGGAAAGAAUUGAUAAAAAAGAAACUACGACAACUUCGCAACAAGAAACAACGGAACUUCAUCAAACGUCUGUUGAAAACAAAUCUCGAGAUCGCAACGAGACCGUCAGAAGAGACCGAAAACCGGAAAGAGCGAAACCUCAGACUCAGGAAGAUCUUGUAGCCGAAGAAAUCCGAGGUUACUCUGAUUUGAAUAAUAUUAUUGCUAAUAAUAAUAAUAAUAAUAAUAAUUCGAAUAAUACUAGCGAUACUAUUACCGAUUCGACUACUGCUCUCGAUAGUAAUUUGACUACUGUCGACACCGCUACCGAUAAAAAUCAGUCAAAUAUUUUUGAAAAUAAUUUUCACACAAAUGAAAAUCGUUUUCAACAAGAAAAGAUUAACAGAAGAAUGAGAGUUGUGCUAAAAAGUGUUAGACCUACGAGCAAAGAAGAGAACUCGAGAACUGCGGAAGCGAGUGCGGUUUCCGAUCCCGUCGAUGUGCGAAACAGUUUUUCGAGUAGAUCCGAUAAAGGCAGAAGAGGUAGAAUGAGAGUUGUGUUGAAGAGUAUCAGACCCAAGGACGAAACUUUCGCAAUUGAGGAAACAGAAUUCGAUUCUGCAAAUGACGACGAGAACGGUCGAGAAAAUCUUUCGAACAAUCGUAACAACGCGAGUGCAAACUUCACCGACGAGAAUAAAAUAAAAAGAAGAAUGAGGGUAGUGAAAAGAGUUAGACCUACUACAUCCGAAGAAACGGAGACGAGAACAACCGACGUGGUCGAUGCGAAUCCUCGUAACGACACGAGUCUUUUUGUUGAUUUCGGAAGAAGAAACGGGAGAAGAAUGAGAAUUGUUUUGAAGAGCGUGAAACCCAGGCUCGAGGAGACGAGAACGGAUUCUGAUACGACCGAUGAGGAUCUUCAGGGUAGCUCUUCGAACAAUCCUUACGUGUACAAAAAUCGUUCCGACGAGGAGAAGAAAGUUGCGUCGAAAAAGAUCGAACCUGCGAGAAAAGACUUGAUAACCGAAGAGACGGAAAAUUCGCCGGUAACCUUCGUGUCCGUUUUGCCACCUGGAUUUUUUCGAGAGAACAGAAAACAAAAGAUCAGAGACGGGACGAACGUUCCGUCCAAGGAAGUCGAGCCUAGAUCGCGAGAAGUUAAAGAAGAGGCUGAAACGAUGAUCAGUGCCAUCGACAAAAAUCACGAGAGCGACGUUUCUUCAGUUCGUUCCAAGCCCGAGAAAGAGCGAACGACAACCGAACCGCGGGAAGACACGCGAACCACGGAGGCGACCGCUGUUCUGACCGAAGAGGACACUGAUCGAUUUUCGCUCGAGACAACUUCCUUGAGAAGCAACGGAUCUUCCCUCGGUCGCAAAUCGGGAAGCGGAACAAACCCCGUUAGGCAGAGAAAACCGACGCAGCCGACAACGGUCACUCCGCUGAUCAGUACCGUGCCGAGCUAUCUGACCACAACUCAUCGAAGAAGCAGACCGGCAAUCGAGACUACCCUGUCGCCGAGGAUAGAUCUCAACGUGUUCGACGGCACCGAAUCGUACGUUAAAUCGACCGCUUUCGAGAACGAUCAGAAGACAGACGUGUCCGAUCAAAGCGUUCGCACCCAAGAGUUCGCGGCGACUCUGACGGAUCCGCCGAUCUCGUCUUCGCCAAACACCGGUCGAACGCCGUUAGUGGAUGUCGAUGGGCGCAAGAUUAGCACCACCAUAACACCCAGAACGUAUCCCACGACCGAGCGAACGGUCACGAGAUACGGCGCGGACGUGAGGGGUCGUCAAAAGUUCAGGACGAAAGACAACAACAAGCCUGCCACAGCGAACGUUACCACGAGACCUAGAAGACCGCCGGUGAUCGAUUACGACUAUUACGAGGACGAGGUGCCGAUCGUGAUCGGCAAGUCCUUCCUCAACAGUAAGCUCUUCCUCACGAACAAGGGCACGAUACGUUGCCUGGAUCAGGGCAACUUCCCGCACCCGUACUCGUGCAAGAAGUUCAUCACUUGCGCCCGUAUGGUGAACGGCCAGGUGAUCGGAACCGAGUACACUUGUCCCGAUAAAUUGUCCUUCGAUCCCAUCGGCGGUAUCUGCAACUGGUCCGCCGGUCUCGGUUGUAAGGAACGAUAGAUGUUCUUGAUCACUUGAUAAUUCGAUACAGGGGGAAGAGUUGUAUAUAAGCUCGCGAUCGCAUCGAUAGUUUCGUUUUGAGAAAAAAAAAAUCAAUCAACAAAUCGUUUAUCCCGACUCGGAAUAUAUUAGACGUGGUUCGUUAAAUUGUGACGCGUUUAAACAGAACAGAAAAUAAAACAACACGUAAUUGUUAAACUUAUUGGUCCACGGGAAAGAUCUUUAAGAAAAGAUUGAGUUAUCGAGUGGUUAAGAUGAUCUUUGCGACGUUCUUCUCUCGGACUAGAAAAAGAAUAUUUCCAAAGCAUUUAUUUUUAAACAAAAAUAAAAAAAAAAACUUUUUUGAUUCUUGCAACAUAUAAAUUUCUAUAUUUUAACACGUAUGUUAAUUCGCGGAUUUCUGAGAGAUAUUGUUAUCUUAAAUGCAAUGACAACGUGAAAAUAAGAGCAUUCCAUGAAUAUUACACGGUCUAAAAAUGACAUAACGACGGUGUUAGAAAAUAAGCGCGAAGUGUGUAUUACUAUUGUAAGAAAGACUUCGAAUCGGUAUAUCUCUCGUUGAAAAGACCCUCUCUAUCCGCACAGUCUUCAACGAUAAUUUGUUUCGAGCGCGUGACGGACAAAAUUGCUUUAAUCACAUAACACAGUAGUGGAUUGCGUCCAACAAAUUUUUAUCCCACAGUUGAGUUCUUUGUCCUUUCGAGGAAAACUGUGAUUCAUUUCAAUUAGCAAACGGGCUGUUUUCAAAGCGAUCACAUUUCGAUGAGACGUAUCCGUAUACACACACACUCUCCUUGUACGACUGCGCAACAGCCAUAUAAUCGAGCGAAAACACAGAGUGGUGAUAUUAUCGUUAAAGUCUCUUUCACAUGUAAAUAUUAAUAGUGUUUGUUAUGUGCGUAAUAAGUAGCGUAAAUAAGAUAAUAAACGUAAACUCUUUCGCGUGUGGCCUGUGACCAGAGCGGGCGUUACAUAAUUUAAUCUGUAAAUUUUUCACAGCGAUUGUUAAGCCCUCUUUUUUGUUUUGUAACAAAAGAUACGCUUAAUCUUCCUCUUUUGAGACGAACAAUAAAUUUCGAACUCGAUUCAUAUUGGCGAGUGUAGUGCACAUCGAAUUUAAUAUCAUAUAUAUACAUAUGUAAUGUAUCGAAGUUUUUUUUUUGUACUUGAAAAAUAAAAGCAUCGAUUAUAUACGACACACAUCUUGCGCGUGAUCUUCGCACAUUUCGCAAACAAAAUUGUUCAACGACGAAAUCUUUGGUAAGUAUUUUAAAUAAUAUCCUAAAGAAUAAAAAAAUUGCAUAAAUAGACAAACUUUUUCUCUGUUGCGUUUCUUCUCGCAGAGAGAAAUAAACUCUGGUGCGACAAUUUUUUUUCCAAAUAUUUUUUUUAUUUUCCCCGAUAUUUUUUGUUUCACAAUGUUAUUUGUUAUUAAUUUAGUUGAAGAAGAUGAGAUGAACAAACUAAGUUUAUUAUUACAGUAUAGUUGAGAUAAAUGUAAUGCAGCGAAACGAUCGUAUUUUUUUUUUUUUUUUUUUUUUUUCCAUGAGGUUGCUCGAACUCCGUGCAACUCUUUUUUUUCGUAAAAUACUGCAAAGUAAUUACAAUUGUACACUUUGUGUGUGCGUGUUGUAAAUAAAAAAAAAAAAAAAACUGUAUAUUAUAAUAUUAACGUUCGAAGAAGAUCGUUCAAAGCAACUAGAUAUUUUUCGAGACCGUCGAUUAUCCGAAAUAGUCGAGUAGUUCACCGUUCACGGAUACUUAUUCAGGAAUUUCUCUUACGAAUUACCACUGAUGAGUCGGAUACAUAUGUACGUACAUGUUUCAGAUAUAUUCGUGUUUCCUUUUUUUUUUCCGCAUUACGUAUAUUUUCCAUUCAGUGUACAUCUCUACAUGCGAGGAAGUGCGUGUGCGUGUGUGUAUUUUUGCGUCGUUGAAUUUCGUGUGUAUCAUAGGUAUUGCUCCAGCAAGUAAACUUCCUGCUUUGGCGUGUUUGUUUUUCUCGCAUAUCACUCGUCUCCUGUGUGCUUAAUAUAGUGUACUCCGAGAAAGAAAAUCAGAGAAAAAAUAAUUAAAAGAAAAAAAAAAUUAAGAGUGAACUCUCUCAAAAAUCGCGUUAAGAUAAACAUUGAUAAGCGCGUUAAAGCCGCAACAAGCGAGACAAAAAACUUGGUGUUUCUUUCAACAAAAGUAAUUGCAUUUCACACACGAGCAUUGUUUUUUUUUUUGUUUUUUUGUUUUUUUUUCGUUUCUUUUUUAUCGAGAGUAUGACUUUCACGAUGUAAUUCAAACAAAGUAAACUGAUGACACCCUCCCCUAACCCGACUCUGAACGUCACUAAAGGUGGUGAUGGAUAUAUUAAGUAGGCUAUAAAUGUAACGUUGUAUUUAAAACACGAUAACGAGAAAAAUGGCAGCUGUGAUCUGAAGAGUUUUUUUUUUUUACGUAGUAGUGGACCUCUAUGUUACAAUUAGCGCCUUAUCGGUGUGUUUCUUUGCAAAUAUUUAUAAAAAUAAAUACUUUGAGAGAAGUAUUUCGCUUUUCGCUUUCUAACCGUAAAAAGUCUCGACACAUAUAUCAUAUAAAUAUAGAUAUAUAUAUAUAUAUCGGAGCGAUAUUUAAUAAAUAAUUAUUAAAAGUCAAAAAUAAAUAAAUAAAUUUGCUUCGUUCAGCGUAUUCGUUUUCGCAUACGUUUAAUAUACGAUUUACAAAAUAUAUAUAAGGCGUCGGCUUAUCGUUUAUUUAAGGAUUCGUAGUGUGCCGCGCUCAUUUAAAAAAAUAUGAACAAUGUUCGAUUUCGAGCGUUACGUUUUCUGGAUACUUAGCGAGAAGGUCGAUUUCAAUGUACAUAUCGUUAAAACUCGCAAAGUUCGUUAUUAUUACUCUUCUAGGUCUUUCGUAUAGUUUCGUUUUGUGUUGUGCGAACUCUCUUAUAAAUUAAUUGACACCGGAAAUCGCGCGCGCGCGCGCGCGCGCGAACAUCAGCGCCGGACUGUGCGCGAUUCGUAAUGCACAAUUCGCAGAGAUUCGUUGACAUCGCACGUGUGUAAAAAUCUUCCGCACUAUUCGCAGUUUGUCAAUCGCGUGGAUCAGCGUGAAUCGCUGCAAAUGACAAACUUUUUCCCCUCCACAUCUUAUUUCACGAAUCUUACGACUUGAAUUACGAAUUUGAUGAUUCGCAAGUUUCGAAUACGCGCAUAGUCGCGCGGCGCUGUGUAGGUUUUGUAACACGCGCACGAGAUUCGGCAAUCGCUACAAAGAAAAAAACAUACUUGAGACUCUCACACAUAACACAUGAUUUACACUACGUGAUGUGAUAAAGUUGUAAAAAAAAAAAAAAAAAAAUUCAAUCGGAUUCCGAUAAAUUUAAUUCAAAAACAUAGUUUUAAAUUCGUUUUAAAUUCGAAUCACGCUACAACAGCUAGCAAAAUCGGUAGAUUCAAUAUCUAUGUUUUUUUUGUUCUCUCAGUUCGACACACUUAGAUUCCUUUGCGUUAAAAUUGCGAAUCACGAGUCGAAAAAUAUAUAUAUAUAUAUUCUUUUUCGAAAUAUAAUUACACAAAAUGUCGAAUAUAUAUAAAAUACUUUAGAAUAAAUAUUCGAUAUAUAGAAGAAAAUAUUCGAUAUAUAGAAGAAAAUACAAUAAUACUACUGCACAAUAAUUCGAGAAGCGCCUCUUGACCAUCGUGAGUUCUUUUCUUUUUUGACAUAAAUCACAAGCACGAUUCAAGAGGUCUCGAAGUCUCAAGAUUCAAUCUUCGAUUUUCGCGUUCGCGGAAAAUUACGAAAAAAAAAAAAAAAAAAAAAAAAAAA